AUGCCAUCUGAAAUUUUUAGCCACUCAUUCCUCAUCUCACCUUUAGCGGUCCCAAACGGCAAUAGAAUCUCGCUCUCACUUAUUCCUCUCCGCCCCAUCGUAGGCGUCUAUAUUAUUCUUCCUAGCCAGACGCUCUGCUGCCUAGCUAUCACAUGUUCUCAUAACUCUCUUCUCGGCCGCCUCACUAUCCCAACUUGUCUUUGCCGAACCUCUUCAUCAAAUGAACUAAGUAAGUGUAACAGGAUUACUCUACCAAAUUAUCAUGUAGAGUGGUCAGCUUCCUUCUCCUCUACGAUUUUUUCUCCUCUUCCUCUUUCUACUGGGCCGAUUUCAUUUUCUAUUCCAAAUUCCUCACAAAUUUCCCUCAACUCCUCUUCCCGGCAUCAAGGUGAAUCUAAACCUUCCUUCUCCUGUCUUUUGACUUUCUUAAUUUGGUUCUGUUGCCUCCUUGGGCUCUUAGUACGAUCCGCAUUUUUCUUCUUUUCACCCUUGCUAGAAGAUAUUCCUUCAACUCUUUCUCUCUUUCUUCUACUUCCGCGAAUGUGCCAUUCCUUGGCAGCAGGGCCAACUAUAAGUGUUGUUGGCGGAGUGCCUGAAGUCAUCAGAAGAAGUCUUUUUCAUCAGGUUUUGCAGAAUGAUUUCCGCGUAUCUUCGCAGAGAGAACAACAGAUGUUUUUAGAUCGUCAGCGUCGGUUUUCAAUGUCAACAAAAGCCAUCAGUGAGGGAUGUGCCAUUUCCCUGCUAACACCAGAACAGGUGCCUGAUUCUGGAUUCUCAGCUUCCAGUUGGGAAAGCCAGCGGAUGUCUCCUCAGAUGAUAAGGUAA